CACUGUGAGAAAGACGAAACAUCGCAAGUAGUUUAUUAUUGUAGCAAUUAGUAAAUGUUGAAACAGUAAAGACAAGACGCUCACAUUGAAACAUUCAAAGUUGUUAUCACAAAAGUCAAAGUGGGAUGGUUGUAAUGCUCACGCAUUUGUCUACCGUUCGUACGGAUCUCAUUCUACCUGAAAAUAUCGAAUUUUGCACACCCAUUGACAUUCUGAUGGGUACUUAAAGAGUUCCAGUUUUUUUAUUUGUUGUGCUAAUUAUAUCCGAGAAGACUCUUUCCGCAACUGAUAAUCAUGGCCACCGAAACACACAGUGUACGGAAUCAAUAUUUUGCCACAGUUGCCGCAAAUUUGGUAAUGCUAGGACAAGGUCUCAUACUUGGUUGGGUUGCACCGGCAUUGCCAACACUGGCCUCACAAGACACGCCACUGGUUGAAUCCGGUCCAUUAUCGAAUGAACAACUCUCGUGGAUUGGUUCGAUCAAUUGUAUUGGAAGUUUAGUGGGAUCGGUAGCGUUUGGCUAUGUCACCGCUUCAAUUGGCUGUAAACGAGCCACACUUCUCUUAGCAAUUCCGUCAAUCGCCUUUUGGCUGUUAAUUCACUUCGGAAUCAAUUAUUAUUACAUUCUGUUUGCGAACUUCUGUGGCGGAUGGGUGACUGGAGGGUCUGCAUCGACAAUCGUUUUGUAUAUUUCAGAAAUUGCGAAUGAUAAUAUUCGUGGGCGUCUUGGUAGCUUGCCCCUCUUCUUUCGCAAUGUUGGCAUUUUAAUCGCGUACAUUAUCGGAGCCACAGUGGACUAUAAAUUUAUUCCAUGGAUUUGCGUGACUAUCCCAAUCGUGUUCGUAAUUAUCUUCGUGACAUUGUCGAAUACUCCGCAAUAUUAUCUUCGGCGAGGGAAUUUGCAGAAAGCUGAGGAUGCGUUAAAGCAUUACAAAGGCUUCGAGAGAUCAAAGAGAGAUCCACAAGAACUUAGUGCCUUCCAUGCAGAAUUUGAAAGAUUGAAAACUAUUGCGCUCAAACAACAACCAAAAGAGAAACUCAUCUGGGCCGACUUUUCCAAUUGGAAGGCCAUUAACGGUCUAGGAGUCGGAAUUGCUUUAGUGACAAUUACUCAAUUCACGGCCAGUUUUCCCAUAGUAAGUUAUGCGGUGACGAUUUUCGAAAAUGCCGGAACAACCUUCAAUCCAUAUGUGUCGUCCAUAAUUUCGGCUGUCUCGUUUCUACUUGGUUCCCUACACACCGCCUAUUUAAUUGAGGCACUGGGACGAAAGCUUCUAACCAUCAUCUCGUUAGUCGGUGCUGCACUCGGACUGUUUGCAAUGUCGUUGUAUCUGUAUCUCAAAAUCAUUGGCUUUAGCCUGUCUGCAUUCGCAUGGACACCGAUAGUGUGCAUAUCGCUUGUGAUUUUUUUGUCCGCAGCUGGUAUCACACCUGUGUCUAUCAUAUGCUCUGUGGAGUAUCUUCCGUCAAAGAUUCGUACGUUCGGCAUGAGCAUAAUCAGCAUGGUACUUAGCAUAACUGGCUUCGUUUCAGUCAAGACCUUCCCGGUUUUAAUGGAACUCGUUGGUCUUCAUGGAUCUUUACUGAUCUAUGGAAUUGGCUGUGUUGUUGGGGUUGUAUUUGUAAUCAUUGUGUUGGAAGAAACUCGUGGCCAAUCUCUUGAUGAUGAUGAUUCAAAUGAAACAAGAGAUCGACAGAAGGGCUCAUCGAAUAAAGCUCAACAGCCGUUGAUUUCGUGACGAGAAGAAU